UGUCCUUACAAGAUGGCUGAUUGGAUGGAUAUUCAAACACUUGUUAAUGACAACAGAACUGGAAUGAGCAAGGUUGCCUUUUCUGGGGAUGAUUUUCCCAGGGCUGUGUUCCCAAGUAUAGUUGGUCGUCCUCGUCAUACUUGCGUCAUGGUUGGAAUGAGAAAUAAAGAUCUCUAUAUCGGUAAUGAAGCUCAGUCAAUAAGAGGUAUUUUGACUCUGAGAUAUCCCAUUGAACAUGGCAUAGUAAGAAACUGGGAUGAUAUGGAGAAAAUGUGGCAUCACACAUUUUACAAUGAACUCUGUGUUGCUCCCGAGGAGCAUCCCGAUCUUCUGACUGAAGCGCCACUUAACCCCAAAGCAAACCGAGAGAAAAUGACCGAAAUCAUGUUUGAGAAAUUCAGUGUUCCAGCCUUGUAUGUUGCAAUCCAGGCUGUUUUCUCUCUGUUUGGUAACGGUCGCAUAACUGGCAUUGUGGUUAAUUCUGGUGAUGGCGUGAGCCACACUGUCCCCAUCUAUGAGGGACAUGCACUUCCCCAUGCUAUCUCGCGGUUACAUCUUGCUGGUAGUGAUAUUACAUAUUAUCUCUCGAAGUUAAUCUGCGAGGGUCGUUAUAUAAUUACCUGUACGAUGAGAGGAAAUUGGAUUUGUCAUAUAAAGGAGACGAUUGCAUAUGUUGCAUUGGAUUUUCAACAGGAGAUUGAGAAUAGAUCUUCAGUUGAGAAGGGCUUUGAGCUUCCUGAUGGACAAGUCAUUAAUAUUGGUGCUGAGAGGUUCCGUUGUCCUGAAGUCCUAUUCCAGCCAUCAUUGGUUGACAAGGGACCGACAGGAAUUCAUGAAAAGGCCUACAACUCAAUCAUGAGAUGCGACGUUGAUAUUAGGAAAGAUUUAUUUGCAAACAUUGUGCUUAGUGGUGGCUCGACUAUGUUUCCUGUCAUAGCAGAGCGUAUGAGCAAGGAAAUCACUGCUCUUGCUCCAAGCAACACGAAGAUCGAGGUGGUUGCACCACCUGAGAGGAAGCACAACACCUGGAUAGGAGAAUCAAUUAUCGCUUCCCUCAGUACUUUCCAGAAAGUUAACGUGGAUAGCAAGGCCAAGUAUGAUGAAUAUGGUCUUGCAGUGGUUCACAGGAUGUGCAUCUAA